AUGACGUGUCACAGGGAACUUAACAGCCCCGACUCCUACACCGUUGGUUGGAUCGCUGCCCUGUUCAUCGAACGAGCCGCUGCAGUUGCCAUGCUCGAAGAGAAACACGUAGAACCAACUGGUUUUGCGAGACAUCCAAACGACAAGAACGUCUACACUUGGGGCCGGAUGGGAGAGCACAAUAUUGUCAUUGCCUCUCUUGCAGCCGGCGUUUACGGAACCACCUCGGCCGCUACCACCGCCUCGAGCCUUCUUGCCUCCCUGCCUUCCAUCCGAAUCGGUCUUCUGGUUGGAAUCGGAGGCGGUAUCGCUCGGCCAGCCGAGAACCGCGACAUCCGUCUCGGCGAUGUUGUCGUGAGCCAGCCUGAUGGAGCCACGGGCGGAGUGUGCCAGCUUCCUAGGAACCCCCCUACCGUUCUCCUCAAGGCCCUUUCUAGUAUUCAGGCCUAUCACGAGCUAGACGAGUCUAGAGUUCCUGAUCUCCUACAAAAGAUGCUGGAGAACACUCCGAAGAUGGCCAAGAGAUCUAAGCAAAACCCUGGCUACAUUCACCAGGGAGUCGGAAACGACCGCCUCUUUAAGGCGUCAUACGAACACGUCUCCGGUCUAGACUGUAGCGGCUGUGACGUAGCCGAAGAAGUUCAACGCGAUCCGCGAGACACUAUCGAUCCCGAGAUCCACUACGGCACUAUCGCAUCCGGUAACACACUUAUUAAAGACGCCGCUACCCGCGACCGAAUUGUCGCCGAUAUCGGGGAGGAUUGUAUCUGUUUUGAGAUGGAAGCCGCCGGCCUAAUGAACCACUUCCCUUGUCUUAUCAUACGAGGUAUCUGCGACUACGCCGAUUCUCACAAGAAUGAUCGCUGGCAACGCUACGCUGCUGCCACCGCCGCUGCCUAUGCUAGGGAGUUCCUCACCUAUGUGCCAGCUGCGGAGGUCCAAGAGGCAAAGAAAGUACUCGACAUUCUCCAGUCUGUUGAACAGAAAGUAGAUGAGAUACAACAAAAUACUCUUACAACGAACACUAUAACUGAUUCCAUCAAAUCUGACUUUCGAGCUGAUAAGAUACACAGCUGGCUCUCUCCCCCGGAUCCGUCUACAAACGCCAACCACGCGAGAAAGCUCCGCCAUGAGGGAACAGGCACGUGGCUUCUAGAAAGUCCAGUUUUUCAGGCAUGGAAUUCCGGGUCACGUCGACACUUAUGGCUACGUGGGCUCGCGGGAUGUGGUAAGACUGUUCUCAGCGCGACAGUUCUAGAUUAUCUCGCGAAGGGGGACGACCAAGUUAUCCUCAGCUUCUUCUUUCACUUUAACGACACAAAAAAGCAGACCGUUGAUAGCAUGCUACGGUCAUUUGCUUUUCAACUUUACCAGGGGCGGGUUGAAUCUACAGUACACCUUAAUAGUUUAUUCCAAGCGCACCAGGAUGGUCGGGACCAACCUACAACGAAGGCCCUCUGGGAAGUUAUAUGCAAGAUACUUACAGGCCAGAAAAAGACCUCUAUCGUUAUAGACGCUUUGGACGAAUCGACAACGAGAAGUGAACUCUUCUUGUGGGUUAAGGAUGUAGUGUCUAGACCAGAGUUUGGCCACGUCCAGCUGCUUUGCACUGGGCGGCCAGAAUCUGAAUUUCUCCAUGAUAUUCCCCCCUUGAUUGGCGAACAUAGCUGCUUGGAGCUCGACAAGAAAGCUGUCAACGCCGACAUAUGCUCCUAUAUCAUAGCAAGGCUUGAACAGGACCCCCAGUUUAUAAAGAAGAAACUAUCUAAGGAUCUCGUCCAACAUCUUCGCAACAAAGUCGGAGACGAGGCCGAGGGGAUGUUCAGAUGGGCAGCAUGUCAAUUAGACAGCCUUGCCAGAUGCCCAAGUCCCAAGGCCAUCAAAACCGCUCUCGAGCAGUUACCUCGAGGCCUGUAUGAGACGUACGACCGGAUGUUGGAGAACAUACCAGAAGAUCUCAAGAGUAAUGCCAUACGUCUCUUACAAUUUCUCGUCUAUACUAAGCGGCCUUUGACGCUACCGGAGGCAGUGGAGAUAAUUGCUACUGAGGUUGGGGAGGACCUGCCACGUUUUGACACAGAAGGGAGAGUAUUUGGCGACGCCGAAGUUCUGCAGCACUGUCCUAGCUUGGUUUCAAUCGUUCAUGUCAAAGAAUACCGCCGCAAGACGAGAAAGGAGCUCCACCUUGCCCACUUCUCAGUCAGGGAGUUUCUUGCAUGCCAAGACAAGUUUGACCGCUCAAGGGUCAGCAUAGUCAUCACGAUGACAUGUUUGACUUACCUUACAGACAUCAAAGGCAACAACAGCGAGAUUAGGCGGGAAUAUCCGAUGGCACGAUAUGCCGCUGAGGUCUGGAUGGACCAUGCUGCUUCUUCUGAGAUAUCAGAUAAAAUUGUUGCACGAACAGCCAAAUUCCUUCAAGACGAGACGACCUUCCAGCGAUGGUGUCGGCUAUACCAGGCUGACAUGCCAGAUAAGGAUAGACCCGGCGCUCCGCGAGGAUCCAGACUCUACUAUGCUUGCCUGGGCGGACUGAGAGUGACCCUGAUGGAAAUUCUCCACAAGGGAGCUGACGUCAACGCCCAAGGUGGUGAAUACGACAACCCUCUCCAGGCUGCGUCAUACAAAGGCUAUAAAGAGAUUGUGCGACUGCUGCUAGACAAGGGAGCGGAUGUCAAUACUCAGGGCGGCUACUACGGUAACGCUCUCCAGGGUGCCUCUGUAAACGGCCACGAAGAGAUUGUGCGACUACUGCUAGAUAAGGGAGCCGAUGUCAACGCUCAGGGCGGCUACUACGAUAACGCUCUCCAGGGUGCCUCGCUAUUCGGUUACAACAGGAUUGUGCAAUACCUCCUAGGUAACGGAGCCAAUAUUAAUGCUUGGAGUACCUCCUAUGGCAGCGCUCUUUGUACUGCCGCAGAUAGCGGUCACGAGGAGAUUGUGCAACUGCUGCUAGACAAAGGAGCUGACGUUAACUCUCAGGGCGGUAGACAUGGCAAUGCUCUAUCCGCUGCGUCCUGCCAAGGCCACCAAGAAAUUGUGCGACUACUACUAGAGAAAGGAGCCGACAUUAACUCUCUAGGCGACUACGGCGGUAAAGCUCUCUAUGGUGCCUCAGAUAACGGUCACGAAGAGAUUAUACAGCUGCUGCUAGACAAAGGAGCUGACGUUAACGCCCAGAGCAGCAUCUAUGGUAAUGCUCUAUCCGCUGCGUCAUACCGAAGCCACUCAGAGAUUGUGCGACUGCUACUAGAUAAGGGAGCCGAUGUGAAUGCUCAGGGGGGCACUAUGGGAGCCGACAUCAACGCUCAGAGCGGCUGGCACGGUACCGCUUUCCAAGCUGCUUUACAGGGAGGCAACCAAACAACCGUACAACUACUACUAGAUAAUGGAGCCGAUGUUCACGCGCAGGGCGGCUUUUGUAUGAACUCUCUCCAGGCUGCGUCAUGCCAAAGCUACAAAGAGAUUGUGCAACUGCUGCUAGACAAAGGAGCCGAUGUGAAUGCUCAGGGCGGCCACUUUGGUAAUGCUCUAUCCGCUGCGUCAUACUAUGGUCAACAAGAGAUUGUGCAACUGCUGCUAGAUAAAGGAGCCGAUGUGAAUGCUCAGGGGGGCCACCAUGGGGGGCACUAUGGUAGUGGUCUAUCCGCUGCGUCAUGGAAAGGACACCUAGAGAUUGUGCGACUGCUGCUAGACAAAGGGGCCGAUGUUGACGCUCAGGGCGGCAGGUACAAUCCUCUCCAGGCUGCGUCAUAUACAGGCUAUAAAGAGAUUGUGCGACUGCUGCUAGACAAGGAAGCCGACGUCAACGCUCAGUGCGGCAAGUACGAUAAUGCUCUAUACGCUGCGUCAUCUGAAGGCCACGAAGACAUUGUGCAACUGCUGCUAGAUAAAGGAGCCGAUGUGAAUGCUCAGGGGGGCCACCAUGGUAAUGCUCUAUCCGCUGCGUCAUACCGAGGUCAACAAGAGAUUGUGCGACUACUGCUAGAUAAGGGAGCCGAUGUCAACGCUCAGGGCGGCUUCUACGAUAACGCCCUCCAGGGUGCCUCUGCACGCGGCCACGAAGAAAUUGCGCAACUACUGCUAGACAAGGGAGCUAACGCCAAUAUCCAAGGCGGCCCCUCCGGCAACCUUUUCAAGGCUGCGUUAGAAAAUGGCCACGAUGAUACUGCGCAACUCCUCCAACAGAGGAUCCCCGAUGCAUCGUCUCGAAAGCGGUCGGGCUCUACUGUUUUAAGCGACCGAGCGAAGAAGCCCUGUGGGCUCAGAAGUUUUUGA